AUGCCCAAGUUUGCGAUUGAGCGAAAAUCGAAGCGAGUGUGGCGGCAAACCAAGAUCUCAACGAGUGGUAAUCGCUGCAACGUUUCUCACGGAGCCCGCGACCAUGGUCAUGAUGUCAUUGAUCUGACCAAAUCCAACGCUACUUUUGACGUCAUUGAUCUCGUGAGCUCUGGCGCCGACGAAUCGGACGACGAGUCAGAGGACGAUCAAGGAGUCUUGUUGGACAAUCUUGAGCUUCACACCCAACCUGUUGAUCCUGAAGGUGACAGCUUGGGCAGGUCUCGAUUAAUCCAAGCGAAUCGAUUUUUCCUCGGCCAAGCCCCGUUUCGUGCCGCGAACAGGACUGGAAGCACAAUUGCCCCCCCGCCUCCGGUGGCGGAGACAAAUGUGCUGGCCCAAAUUCCACUCAGUGGUGCGAACUCUAGAGGAAGUGCUCGACCCGGUGUGGCAGAGCAUGCGGACACGAAUGCGCAUGGGCAAAUUCCACUCAGCGAUGGGAAUGCUGGAGGAGGUGCUCGACACGGCGCGGCAGAACAUGCGGACAUGAAUGCGCUAGGCCAAAAUCCACUCGGUGGUGCGAACACUGAAGGAGGUGCUCGGCCCGGUGUGGCAAGAUGGAAUACUCCUCGUUUCGCCGACGAGAUGGAAUACGUGCCGCGAUUGGACGAGAACACUACGUAUGACAUCGAUCACUACCGCUUGUCCAUCAAAACCAACGAUUUGCUUCAAAUUUGCCCAAGCGAUUGGGAGUUGGGGUGUCGAGAAAGGAAGCUGACGGACAAGUCCAGUGAAAAGAAGUGGUUGAAUCGUCAUGUGCUGCUGCUGACGAAACCAUGUUUCGUCUACUUGCACAAAGACUAUGCUGCUGCCUUUUUGUCUGCGUACAACGAACAAAAAGGGACCUUUUACGUUGCCCCGGUGGCUGUGCCCGGAAAACCUCUCCCAACGCAUAUCAUCCAUUGCUCUACAAGCCGGUAUAUCAGCUCGACGGAUUGUGUGGGGAUUUUGAAUUCAUUGGCUGCCAACAUAAGCCUCCGAGUUAUCGGAUACGGUGCGAAAGCUGGAACUGACAGCUACGCUUGGAUUUGGGACGUUGCAAGUCGGAGUUCAGCCCCAGAUGAGCGUCCAGUGAUUGACCUUGGAGUGGAGUUCAAGGUGCCUCAUCUUGCUGUGUUUGCUGCUCGGAAACACAUCUUUAUCAAGUACGGCCAUGGCCCAUACAAUGGAUAUGACUCCAUGCUGUGGAUGAAUUUCAUGGAUUAUUGCCAUGAGCUUCAAGACUGCGUCCAUGGGCAGUAUGCUGUUGGUGGUGGCCUAUCGUUGUCCAACUCGUCGCUGGGAACAAGAAGGGCAAACAAGAUCAAGCUCUAUCCAAAAGUCGUACACUUCAUCAAGAACAUCAACGAAGGACGCAUUGCAUCGAUGCCUCACCCUUCCACCAACCAAUUGUGCAAAAGACGUUUCGAACACCUCGAAAAGAUAUUCGAGACGUAUUUCAAGCCGGAUGUGGCCCAUCAGUUUCAAAACCAGUUGACGGGCUUUCGGGUGGAGAUUACAGUUAACGGCUUUACGUUGGACGAUUGCAUCGAUCACUUCGAACGAGAGUUUGACGAACUCUUUCACCACGUCAAAGUCAUGAAGUACCCGCUUCCGAAGUACUUGGCAAACGUUGAGCGAUUUGUGAAUGCCAUGAAGUCCAUUGGCCCUGCGAACGGACGAAUGGCGGAUCUGUCGUCGGACAAGUUCAAAUUGCCUUUGGCAUUUGUAAGUCAAGAAAUUGGGAUGACGAGCUACAUUUGCCACUACUUCCUGAUGAGUCGCGCAUACAUUAUGGACGGCAGUGGACUUUGGAGUUGGUGCUCGCCUGAUGACGAUGCGGCAGUUGAUGACUCAUUGCCACAAGGCGAACUGCUAGCGAAUGCGACCGACCAAGACGAUGACUGGACUCAAUUUGAACUGGCGUACAACGAAGAGCUACGCGAAACAAUGCUGGACAUAUUCCUCAACAUCUACGUUAAAUCAAACGGAAGCGGCUUGUCAAGAGUGUUCAAGUCGCGUGAUAAACGAAGUGGACGAUUCAGUGAAUCCAGCAAGUCGGUUUUUGAGUUGGCCGAACGAAUUGCUCGAGAGAACGAACGCGAAUGGCGAAAGCAUUUCCUUUGCAAAAAGAAGAACCUAGCGAAGGACUUGUACUGGCUCAACAUGGCCCAAAAUGCAUCACGGCCGAAGCGCACUCAAAGCGCUAUAACCAGCUACGUGGGGAAUGAAAGCAAUUCCAAGCGACCACGGGAUAGAAGCUUUCGGUGUGUUGAUGAUGCAUGGGAUUCCGACAGCGACGAUGAAGACACCACCGAAAUCAAUGUGCGAAUUCAAGGCGCUCAAGGCGCAGCGGUUGCUGAAGUCAAUGUGAAUGUGGCCGUCGAGCCUUCCACGUUGAACCAGUUGGAUGUGCACGUGCGGGAUCCAGUGACACCGCGUCCAAGCGGACUCGGUGAAAACCCAAGUUCGACACCUCCAUUCGACGCACUGAGCCAAAUUGGACCCAGUGCAUCAGGAAAUCAAACCGAAUUGCCCGCCCUUUACGUUGCUCAAUGGUCCUCGCUGGAGAAUGACUUAGAAGACAUCGCCAGCUUGCUGGAUCGCCCACAAGUUGAAGGAAAUGUACUUGUCGCUCGCGGUGGCAAGAACAUUAAACUUGUAGCGAAAAAGUCGAAGUGGAAGGACGAUGAAGGAACCGUUCGCAAGCGGAAGAAAAUCGAAGAUCACAUCAAGGACGCCAAACUUGGCUGGCCGCAGUACGAGCCAAACCUGGAUGCCAAACAUGUAAUGGAGCAGUUGGAUAAGUUCGAAGUUACCGUACGCAAGUUCAACGACGACAUCGCUACGCCAAUUAAGGUCAGCAAGAAGAACAAGAACCCUAUUCCGACUACCAACCCCAAAAGAGCGGCGGGAGUUUGGGCGAAGUUAUCCGACUUAAAGAGUCAACGGGUGGACGUGACGGAAAUCGGCGAGUAUCGUCCAGCAAGUACCAUGCUCAACCUCAAGGAAGUCCGGUCCGUUCGUCCCAUUCGUGCGGAUGAAGUCGCAAAGCACAAGAAGAUGUUGAUUGCAGAAGGCUGGCUUCGACACGAACCUGUGGUGUUGAGCGUUCCUGGACCCAACGGAAAGAAGUACGGAAUUAUCGACGGGCAGCACAGGAUCAAGGCGAUUAUGGAGUUGUGGAAUGACCGUACCCAAGACGCGGGAAAUGCCCUGUCAAGCCUGAUGGAAAGUGGCCAAUCCGUUCCAGCAGUUCCGGCCCUGGUACUUCAAAACGCAUCACCUCACGAUGUGAUUCAAUUGGGGCUGAGCCACAUCGACAUGCACAAGCAUGGGGCGUCCAAGGAGGCAUUCUAUUGGAUGGAGCGGUGCAUUUGGUUUUACGAUUGGCAGAAGUGCGCCGGUGGACGACUCUUCAAUUCGUUUGAAUAUGGAGAGAAGUUCGGCAGUCAAGACCCGGACGCAGAGAGCUGCCUUGCCGAGAUGCAAGCCUACCACGUCGACGUAUCGGGAGUCCCAAUCAAGUUCACGUCACUGUUCCGCACAGCGGCGCGCAUGUGGUACCUGGAGUUGUAUGAGCUCAUGGCUGCCGAGUUGGAUGACCCGUUCAAGAAGAAGUCAAAGCUCGGAUGUGAACCCUGGCGCAUAUGUUUUGAAGUCCUGCAGAACUACUACUGGUUCUUCAAACAUGUGUGCCAGUGGGAGCCCGAAGACCGCACCAACGUCUUGAGGAAGUUGCUGCAAAUCUUCCUGCUCUGCGAAAGUGGGUUUCGAAAGGAAUCACUCGACGGGGACAAACUGCGGCUGACUGGAGCGAAGAAGUACAUCGUAUUCCAAGAAAGUCAACUCCACGCGAUUUUCAAGUGGGGAAAACAUGAUGGCUCAAUCCCCGCAGUAAUCCUGAAGAAAUACAACUACGUCGAGCGGCCAAAGGACAAACCAACCGGUUAUACAGAAGAACCUCAAAUCAACGCCGAUGUAUGCUACGUUGAAGAAGACACGACGUUCAUUCCAAAACAAAAGCAGCGGGCAAAGCGAACGCGACCAACUCCUGCAGCGGAGGCGUUGCCCAGUGCAGAUGUCGAUUCCGAUGUGGACAAACUGCCAAAGAAGCAGAAACGAGGAAUUACCGAAGUUCAUGUUACCGUACGGAAUGCACAACGACGACAAGGAGUCGGGUAUGAUGUAAAUCCGCUUGGAACAACGGCUUCAAGUUUGCCGGUCACCGCCCUGGAGGGUGAAACAUGCGACACGAAGAAAUGGGUUUCUUUCGAAGCCCUUCGCACUAAAGUCAAGUUUAACUGCGUUGUACCCCAAGAGAAGUUCCUAGCCACGUUGGAAGAGAAGCUCGAGACAUUCAAGAAGUCGAAGGCCUCCAGUCCACUUGUCCAAGUUCCUUUCAAGGCGUUUGAGAAGAUGAAAGCGGCUGGAAUGGUCUUGAAGCCAGCGUAUGUUACGUUGCAGACCGACAGCUUCGAGCGUUUCGUUCAAGAAGUGAAGAACAAGCCUGAAAUCAUUGAAAUCUCCUCCGACGAGGAUGAAGACGGCGAUGAGAACGAAGGCCUCGAUGAAAAUGAACCCAUUGACGUGUAA